UACUGACGACAGCCUCUUAAACUUGAGCCGCGGCCAAGUCCACCGCAGUAACACGAUGGCUUAUUGGGGUUACAAGACGUCUAGAAACUUUGCUAUAUGGAUACUCAUUGCCGUCCUACUAGUGACUGGGUUAAUUUGGCUUCCAAAGGGAGGCGCUGAUACAGCCGGCUGCGGCUAUUGCUGGACGCAAUUCGACGAUGGCCCCUUAAAUGAUACAGCCGUGCUCAACAGCAUGAAAGUUGGUGGCAUGGACAAGGGCUGCCUCGUCGCUGCAUUCUCCUUCAAUCUCUAUGAGCCCACGGAUGCGGCGAAAGAUGGCGCUAGGGACGACUUCUACUGGUUUUGCCUGAACAGCGGGCCCCUUGCUGAAAUGAUCGGCGGCGCCGUUGUCCUUGGCGUUGGUCUCAUCCUUCUGACAUACUUUUGCUUUGCUGCGAAGCCAUCUUCAGUGAGCGCUAUGCCGGUCUAAUCAUUUGGUGCCUCCAAGAACGUAGCGUUGUGCGCCGCGUGGGCUUGGCUGAGGUUCAAGAUAACGACGGUUGCCGGAGCAGGGCAGUCAGUUGCCAUGCGUUGUGAACCCCGUGAACAAUGAGAGGUUAAGCUGGAGAGGGGAACUGGUGGAUUCUCAAGGUUGUGUUGAAUGGAG